CCAAAGUCUGGCGCGGCGGAGCUUUCAAAAUACAGCUACAGCACUUUUGUGUAUUAGUUACUCCCUGCAUAUCGCUGCCGUCCCUCUACCUUCUCUACUCACCUCUGCUCUCUCUUCUACCUCUCUUUCAAUCUCGGAUAUCCUCCACCCGUUUCAAGAUGGCGCUCGCAUGGUAUCAAGCAAAGGUUGCGCAGAGCCCUCUCAUGACCCAGAGCAUCACAACUGCUGUCCUUUUCGCGACUGGUGAUGUCGCCGCCCAACAAGCCGUCGAAGGCGUCGAGAAACAUAACUAUGCCCGCACCGGUCGCAUGGCCCUCUACGGCGGUGCAAUCUUCGGUCCUGCUGCGACAAAGUGGUACCAGCUCCUCCAGCGCAACAUCAAUCUCCGCUCGCAAAACGCCACCAUAGCCGCACGCGUCGCCGCCGACCAGCUGAUCUUCGCGCCGACCAACUUGGCCUUCUUCCUCAGUAGCAUGGCAUACAUGGAGGGCGCAGACCCAAAGCAGCGAGUCAAGGACGCAUAUGUGCCCGCGUUGACAAAGAACUUCAUGGUGUGGCCGGGCGUGCAGGCUAUCAACUUCAAGUUUGUGCCGCUGGACCAGCGCGUGCUUGUGGUGAACGUGGUCAGCUUGGGCUGGAACUGCUACUUGAGCUAUGUGAACAGCUCUGGUGGGAAGAAAUAGGCGUGCGGGUGAUGUUGGCCUUGGGCUUCUUGUGUGUGUGAAACCGGGUUCACGGAGACUUCUGGCUGUGAGGCACGUCGAGCAUUGCUGGCGUUUGGACUACUGUUCGAGCAUCCAUAUUCCUACUGUAGGCAGAUACCCCCUCUUCUCUGGCCUGUCAACUUUUCGUAGUUGUACCUAGGCAUUCAAGUGCAAUACAAAGAAUUUCUAUGCAGGGACACAAAACCCAUCA